AUGGAUCGAUUGUCGUCAUAUUUUGAUGUUGAUGUGACAAAAAGGCGUAUGAAAAAGUAUGUAUUACGACAAUUUCAAAAUACGUUCAAAGAAUAUAGAGCAGAGCUAUACAAGCAAUACUGUAGGUUCGAGGACCCAAAAGAGAAAGAUGGCAAUGGGGACGGCAGUGGGGUUAGUGUCGCUGUGGCAGAUGACAUAGAGAGCUUGUGCGGCGGGAAAGCAAUUUCAGGUGCGAGUAAUGUGGCAAAAUUGGGGGCAAAUUCUUUUGAUCGGUCUAAGUGGCAACAAAAGUCCAUAGUUACACUUGCAUUAACAGUUCUUACUAGUUCACAAGCAAUACUCAUCGUGUGGUCCAAGAGAGCUGGAAAAUAUGAAUACAGUGUUACCACCGCAAAUUUCAUGGUGGAGACUUUGAAGUGUGUUUUGUCGCUUGCAGCUUUGAGUCAAAUCUGGGAAAGUGAAGGUGUGACCGAAGAUAACAAGUUGAGCACAACGUAUGAUGAGGUUAUUGUAUACUCUAUUCCUGCAGCACUUUAUCUUGUCAAGAAUUUACUCCAGUAUUAUAUUUUUGCUUAUGUGGAUGCACCGGGUUAUCAGAUAUUGAAGAAUUUUAAUAUCAUCAGCACUGGUAUUUUAUACAGAAUCAUACUUAAAAAAAAGUUAAGUGAGAUUCAGUUGGCAGCAUUUAUUCUACUAUGUGCUGGGUGCACUACUGCACAGUUAAAUUCAAACUCUGAUCAUGUUCUUCAAACACCUUUUCAAGGUUGUCUGAUGGCUAUAGUGAGUUCCAAAUCUGUAAUGCUUUAUGAGGGUGUGUGUUGUGUGGGAAGAGUGAUGCUUAAAGUACUUAUUAUCUUAAUGGUGGUUGAUUCUUGUAUAGAUCAUGGAAGACAUUUAAUAUUGGACAAUUAUGGACAAAAUGUAGGUGAAAAAUCAAAACUGACAUUAAAGAUGGUAUUCUAUUUCGGUCGAAAACUAACAUUGAAGGUAGCUGGCAUUGAAAUGUUGGUCAUGUAUAAUGUCUGUUGAAAACCGACAUUGAAGGCCUUUGAUAACACGAUCUUUGAUGUCGGAUUUUAACUGAUAUUGUACCCCUAUAAUAUCAGUUUUAAAUCGACAUUAAAGUCCAGUUUUAUAGUAGUGAAUGCUUCAAAUAAA